CUUCAAACGGGACUUUGGGCUACCGGGGCCUCGGCGUCCCUGACACCCCCCGCCCCCGCGCCCUCCCGAGCUGCUCGGCGCGCAGCGUCCCGCGCCCGCCAGGACCGCUCCUGCGCCACGCGCCCGGGCUGGAGGCCGAGCAGGCGGGCAAAGUGACGGGGUGCGGCGCGGAGAGGCCGCCGGGGCCAGGAGCGGCCACCAGCGCCCAGGACAGAGCGCCAGCGACGGCAGGAGUUCGCGGAGCGCGGCCGCGGGGGGCGGACGGCGGCGCCCUCGCCGCAAGAUGCGGGGCCGCCGGGUGUGAGCCGAGCCGGGCGCGCCCCGAGCCACCUGCGGCCCCCUGUCCCGUCCCUGCCCCCCCAACUCUCGGGGGUGCCCAGAUCCGCUUCCCCCGGCUCCGCGGCAGCCCCGACCGCCCCAUCUCCCGCUGCCCCCUCCCUGUCGCCGCCACCGACCCCGAGGAGGGAUGACCCUGUCCGGCGGCGGCAGCGCCAGCGAUAUGUCCGGCCAGACGGUGCUGACGGCCGAGGACGUGGACAUCGAUGUGGUGGGUGAGGGCGACGACGGGCUGGAGGAGAAGGACAGCGACGCGGGCGGCGAGAGCCCCGCGGGGCCGCCGGAGCUGCGCCUGGACGAGGCGGACGAGGUGGCCCCGCCGGCGGCGCCCCGUCCCGGGCAACCCCAGCCGCCCCACCAGCAGCCCCUGGCGCUGCCCAAGGAGGCGGCCGGGGCCGGGCCGGGGGCCGAGGCGGGCGCUCCGGAGGCCGACGGCUGCAAGGGCGGCGUCGGCGGCGAGGAGGCCGGCGGGCCGGGCGCGGGCGGCGGGGCGGCGGGCGGCCUGGCCCCCAGCAAGCCCAAGAACAGCCUGGUGAAGCCGCCCUACUCGUACAUCGCGCUCAUCACCAUGGCCAUCCUGCAGAGCCCGCAGAAGAAGCUGACGCUGAGCGGCAUCUGCGAGUUCAUCAGCAACCGCUUCCCCUACUACCGCGAGAAGUUCCCGGCCUGGCAGAACAGCAUCCGCCACAACCUCUCGCUCAACGACUGCUUCGUCAAGAUCCCCCGCGAGCCGGGCAACCCGGGCAAGGGCAACUACUGGACGCUGGACCCGCAGUCCGAGGACAUGUUCGACAACGGCAGCUUCCUGCGGCGCCGGAAGCGCUUCAAGCGCCACCAGCAGGAGCACCUGCGCGAGCAGACGGCGCUCAUGAUGCAGAGCUUCGGCGCCUACAGCCUGGCGGCGGCGGCCGGGCCCUACGGCCGCCCCUACGGCCUGCACCCCGCGGCCGCGGCCGGCGCCUACUCGCACCCGGCGGCCGCCGCCGCCGCCGCCGCCGCCGCCGCCGCCGCCGCGCUCCAGUACCCGUACGCGCUGCCGCCCCCGGUGCUGCCGCCCGCCGUGCCGCUGCUGCCCUCGGGCGAGCUGGGCCGCAAGGGGGCCGCCUUCGGCUCGCAGCUCGGCCCCGGCCUGCAGCUGCAGCUCAACAGCCUGGGCGCCGCCGCGGCCGCGGCGGGCACGGCGGGGGCCUCGGGCAGCAGCGCCGCCGCGUCGCUCAUCAAGUCGGAGCCGAGCGCGCGGCCGUCGUUCAGCAUCGAGAACAUCAUCGGCGGGGGCCCCGCGGCUCCCGGGGGCGCGGCGGGGGGCGCCGGAGGGGGCGGGGGCGGGGGCACCGCGCAGUCCUUCCUGCGGCCGCCUGGGACCGUGCAGUCGGCGGCGCUCAUGGCCACGCACCAGCCGCUGUCGCUGAGCCGGACGACCGCCACCAUCGCGCCCAUCCUGAGCGUGCCGCUCUCGGGACAGUUCCUGCAGCCCGCGGCCGCCGCCGCCGCCGCCGCCGCCGUGCAAGCCAAGUGGCCCGCGCAAUAGGGACGCGCGGGUGGCGGGGACCCUGAACCCGGCGGUGGCCUGGGGAGCGGCGGCUGCACUUGCAGGCUGCGCGCCCCGCCCGGGUCCCGGUCCCCCCCCAGUCCGGACUCUGCCUCUCUCCCGUGUCCCCUCUCUAGACCCCCAACACCUCCUUCCGCGGCCUCCCCCUCUCUCGCGCACCUGAGGUGGCCCAGCAAACUCAUCGCGCGCCCGCCAGGAAUAGCUUUCCGUACAGGUAAAACCGAAUUUUCCAGAAAUGCACCCCGACGGCGCCUGCUUUCAGUACAGUGAGGAUGGGAGGAAAAUCCUUUGUACAUAUUUGUAUAAAAAUUAUUGACUUUCCUUUUGGGGUUUUUAUUUUUUUAAGAAAAAAAAAUUCAGUAGAUUUAGAGUUCUGAACUUUCAUUUUUUUUGAAGGUUCACUCUCCGCAGUUUUAUCUGAGAGAAGAAUGUAUAGAGACGUGGGCAGAUUUUAAAUAUAAAAGAAUUUUCAAAAGACGAAAAAUGUCAUUCUAUUAUAAAAGUCUGUUUAUAUAUGAAUGGAUAUAUAUGGUAUUCUAAAUGUUAUUCCAUCGUGUUGUACACAGCUUUGUAAAUAAAUUUUUAAAAUGC